CACCACCACCACCACCGACUAUAAUAUACUUGAAAUGGCGGAACCAAUGUCUUCGCUAUCACCCGAGAAACUGAACGCGUCCAUCUACCCCACUGACGAAGACGACAUGACCUGGCACGAUCCCCCUUCGUCGCCCUUUGUUUCCCACAUCGAAAGCGACCAAGAAAACAUUGCGCCAGGCGCAAUGGCACCUACACCAGCUAAGCCCUUGAUUGACUUCGACGAGAACCCACCACAGUCCGCUUUCAAAAUUCCGACAUCAAAAAGCCUUGGAACGAAAGAACGCAACUCCCCAGUCAAGCCUACGCCGUCUCAGCGGCUGCUCGAUGACUUCGAAGAGGAUUCGUUCAGCACGUCAGACGCGCGUGUAAGUCCGAAAAAGACAUCGCCAGUCAAACAGAUCCAGACAGAUCGUCCAGACUCUGCCUUGAGCAGUCGUUCAAGCAAGAUGUCUCCCAUAAAACUCUCGCGAACACCUUCCGCCGAAGUUGCAGAGCGCCUUUCGAGCUCCAUCCGAUCAACAACACCCGAUGGUCUCCCUGCUUCGCAUCACAUUGGGCCUACAUACUCAGAACCCGCAUUGCGUGAUAAUGAGGGGUUGACACAAGCAAUUCGGAUGGUGGACACAGAAGCGGAACUCCGUGAUAAUGAGGGCUUGACUGUUGCUAUAAAGAGUAUCGAGGAAUCGCGCAGCGAGAGCUACGAAUCUUCCACUACAUACCACGCACAGGCCGACAUCACCGACUUCGACGAGUUUGGAAUGGAUAACACCGAGUUUGGGCCUGAUGGACCCGAUUUGACAUCUGCUGAUAUCGACGACACAUGUUUCAGCACCUUUUCGGAGAUGCCCAACUUAGAUAUGACCAAGUUUGCAGGUCUGAACAAGAGCCCCACCAGGAAAGGGUUGUACGACCCGGCAACUCCUCGUGCUCGUGCACAGAUGACCCCAUCUACCGUUCAACGCAGUGAGCGCACACCAUCUCCCACACCUCGUCGCCAACACAAGGAUAACGAUACUACCAAUUUGUUGCUUGAUUUCACUGCCCAAAUCGAGGCUUUCUCCGUUUCUCGUCGUGCUUCUCCUUCUCGUGGCCGGACGUCCCCUACCAAAUCUAGCACGGAACCAAAUCUCCUUUCGUAUAUUCAGAACCAGCGGUCACCAGCAAAGGGAAGCUCGGCUCAGGUACCAGCAACACCGUCACAGAACAGGCAGCUCCUCAACCUGUUGGACUUUGAACUGCCUCCACCUCCCACGCCUCGAUCCGUCCCAACGGUCACCAUUCGGGAGCUUGAGAGUUUGAAGUCAACCAUGCAAUCUCAAAUCUCGAGUCUAACGGCUUCUCUAUCUGGCAAGGAAGCCGAGGUGGAUUCACUUGUUAAGGCGAUCUCUGGUGCAGAGCGGAGAGUCGGCGAAGCUCAAGAGCAACUUCGGGACGAGCGGAGUGCGCGUGAACACGCAGAAGCUCAAAUGGAAGACUGGAAGAAGAAGGGUGAGGAAGUGCAAAAGAUUUUGCAGGAUGUUCAGUCAGAACUUGCACGCAACGACACGGAACGCGAUGCGCUACUCACCCGUCUCGCAGAGGCCGAAAAGCGCGCUGAAGAGGCUGAAGCACAUGCUUCUGAACUCGAAACUCGUGCUAUUGAGGCCGAGAGCAAGAAUGUCGACAUGACCACCUUUCUAAGUCCCGAGGAUGACGAGAACAAGAAGAUCUACUCGGAGAUCGAAUGCCAAGCUGCAAUUGCCGAGAAGGUUAAUGACGUCGCUCGCGAUUUGCAUACUGCAUACAAGGCCAAGCACGAGAAGAAGAUCAAGGCUCUCAAGGAAAAUUAUCAGAAGAAGGCCGAUGAACGGUGCAAAGAGUUGCGUGUCCAGAUCAUCCGUUUAGAACGUCAGGUCGAAGAGGCAGAGAAGAAACGAGAUGACACGUUCUCGAAAGUCGUUCCCCCAGAGUUUGCCGAGUCGAAAGAUGGGGUCCCGACUGCCACUCCUCCCACAUCGAACGCGGAGGAUCUCAAGACGAUUGAGACCCAAAAAGCGGAAAUCGAAAACUUGAAGGCUAAGCUGGCUGGUCUUCAAUCAGAACUCUCCAGUCUCCGCAAGUCACAGGAUGUACUCAUGCAAGAGCUCGAGGCCGAACGUGUCGAGAAGGGCGAGCUUGUCGCUGCCGCGGAACAAAUGCUUGCUCUCUGUGGAGAGAAGAUGGGCGAGAUCCAACAAGAGGAACUUCGUAAAUCGCACCUCGGUGGCGCGCCUCCCUCUGCCCCCGCUCCAACAUCCACUGCUAACAACCGCACUGCACCAUCGAUGCGGAGCACUGGCUUCCUAGCUGGGGGCGCUCCCGUAUCCUCAAUUUCUCGUCCUGAGUCCGCACUCGGCGGAGGAAGGCCCACAUCAGCAAUGGGCGAUCGUCUAGGUGCCAUGGGUGGUGCGUCUGCCAAACCUGCAACAACGAGUGUUCCCAAACCAAGCGGUCUCAAAGCGCCUGGCGGUGGCUUCGGCUUCAAGGGACCAUCCGGAUCGGCCCUUGGCAGGAGCACAUCGGGAAGCAACAAAUCCCGGCUCAUGAGCAAUAUCGAACGCAUGGGCGGCGGCAAGAACGGAGAGUGAACUACUAGGCUCACCGGAUGAUACCCUUUUCCUUCUGGUUGUUUUCUUGUCAUGUUUGCAAUGGGCUUCGCGACAAAACUAGGGUCAGGUUAUUGGUAUAUGAAUGGGAAGGAGAUGCGUGUAUCUAAGGCGUUUAUAGGAAGGAAGCUCGGCGGACAUAACGAAAACGGUACCGAGCGUAAUGCAUGGCUGGGGAAGUACAGUAUCUCUUUCCAUGGGCUUCUUACAUAUUGUCUCUGCGACACCACAUCGCGCUUAGCCCUGUAUGUUCCUUUCUCGCUACACUGUAUAGUUGGUUGCGUAGAUAUGGCCGGGUAAAUGAACUUUGG